AAGUAAACGACUCAGCUGUCAAAUCAAAACAAAAGCAAAAAAGAGCAGCCGAAGGUUUUUCGUUUGCUGGCCUAAAAUUCCAUCGUUCCAUAAUUUGCUUAUUUACAUAUGAAGCAGAAAUCACCUUUACCAUUGCAAAAAAUGUGAUUUUCGAUCCGCCGAACAUCAGCACUGGAAUGUGAGUUUACAGUUCCGUGGGAAGUUGACGCACAAGGGAGUUUUCUUGCCUGCACGGGUGCCAGCCGCAGCUGCAAAAAUAGGAACCGUAAAAGUGAAGCGCAGACCAGAGCGACCGAUCGGCAUGAACAAGAUUCUACUGGUGUUGAUCGUUGCCAGUGGGUUUCUGCUGAUCAUUUACGCCAACAGCAAUAUCUUCAACCGGCGGAAUAUAUUGAUGAUAUUCCAGCAGAAGGCUGAUCCUGCCGGAGGCGGAGGCGGCGAAGCAAGAGUCGAACCAGUUCAUUCGGAGGCACUCGAUAGCAGCCGCCAGACGGCCGAGAAUGGUGCCUUUGGUAAGUCUGUCUCGGCACAGUUUCUAAGUGCCGCUCGUAUCAACGAACUGAAACGGGUUAAGUACAUCCCGAAGGAGAACAAUGCCACCGAGUACAACAUCUUUAUUAUCUACACGAAGGAGAGCCAGAAUGUGAUUCUGAAGAGCAAGUUCGAGCUUUUUCUGAAGAGCCUGCUCAAAUAUACAACCAUUCCGAUGCAUCUGCAUGUGAUAACGGACGAGCAGAGCGAAACAUCGGCGGAAGAGUUGAUCCGGGAACAGAUUAAUCACUAUCGGAAGGUGGUCUUCUAUACGUUAUAUGAUGUGAAAGAUUGCGCCGAGAAGAUUAGCGAUAUUGUGAAAAAUAUGCUGCCAUUGUUCAAUUAUAAGACGGGAAGUUACUACAGUGACGCAUUGUUUCUCAUAUCGCUAGGAUUACAUCGAAUCGUUGACGUUAACAUGAAACGUGCAAUUAUCAUCGACUGUGACGUGGUGUUCCGAUCGUCGGUAAAGGAGCUGUUUGACCAGUUUGACCACUUUGGUUCGGAACAUCUGUUCGGCCUUGCACCGGAGCUAACCCCAGUGUACUUGCAUAUCCUGUUCAAGUACCGGGCUCAGAAUCCGCACACUUUAUUCGGCACCCCGUACUAUCUGAACAAAACGCAGCUCGCGAUUGGCAGUUCGCUUGGUGGUUUCUUCAGCAGAACGACGAAAAAAACGAAGCACGGCUAUCCGGGGUUGAAUUCCGGCGUGGUGAUGCUGCGUCUGGAUCGCAUUCGCCAGUCACGGCUGUACGAGGAGAUUAUCAAAGCCGAAUCGGUGAAGAACAUGGUGGAGAAAUACUCCUUCAAGGGACAUCUGGGCGAUCAGGACUUUUACACGCUGAUGGGGUUCGAGUUUCCGGGGCUGAUCUAUCGGCUGGACUGCAUCUGGAACCGACAGUUGUGCACCUGGUGGAGGGAGAACGGUUACGGUAAUGUAUUCGAUAGUUAUUUUCAUUGUGAGGGAACGAUCAAGGUGUACCAUGGGAACUGCAACACGCGCAUUCCGGAGUGAAUGGUCCGUUGCCAGUAAUAAUUGUGAUGGUCCUGACCUUGAGUCUAGCCAUCAAAAUUAUGUGUUAACUCUAGGAAGCAAACAGGGCUUGAUUUUCACUCUGUUGUUGCCGUUAAUAGCGUAAAAAAACAAAAACCUAUUCAAAAAGCUUCCAGUGCUAGUGGCAUAUAAUUUGGGUUUAGAAAUCAUCUCCCAUCCCACUAUCCACAAUAUGAUAAUGACACAUUCCACGAAUCAUUGUUUUGUGAUCUCAUUUUAAGAAAAUGAUUUUUUUUUAAGUGAUAGUUUAUUAUAUUACUAACAUAUCUAUUCUCUAGAAAAUAUCGUUUAAGUUGCCUCACAAGCGAAACUCGUACUACUAAAUGUAAAACGCAAAUAGCUAAAGUUGUUGCAAUAGAGUAGGGAGGGGAAAUUUGAGAAACGAUUGCAAUUUUAAUUUUACGCUUCGCAUCUGUUGACAAAUUUUAUAUUUUAUCUUCCGAAUCCAGAUAAUACGCUUAACGGAAAGCAUAAUCUCUUCGCCUUGAGCGAUUGUUACUUACUUUGGUUGAUUUUAUUUCAUUCGUACUAUAUUAUGAUAGUUGAUUCCUCUGUAUGUAGGCUUAACUUGUUUCGGAGCUCAAGUCAAAAUUUAAGUUUAGAUUGAAACGUUAAUGCGGCAUUUAUUCUCGGAAUCCUAGGCUAGACAAACGAACGACAAAAACUACCCCUGGCUUAGCGCCAUGCAAGCAGAUAUAGUGCAGUGUAGGAAACGUUUGUGUUGGGUAGAAACUGAGAAACAAUAAGACAAAAUUCACCGAGAACAAAAAACAAAAAUCGUAGCAAAUACGAAUGUUCGUAGUACAGUUAUAGUAUUUGGCCAAACGAUGGCAUUUAACGUAUAAUGUAGGGAGCGCGGCCUUAGCUGGUUGCGACAGUAAAAUCAUGACUGCAAUAAAACUUUCGUGUACACCAUCCACGUCGUGACCAAGUGGAGCAGGAAAUCGUACUGAAUUCCGAGAAAAUCGAA